CAUCGACAUUUGCUGUGGAAGGGUUCGGAUAAGAACGUGUUUGGGUAAAUCAAGAACAUAUGCGACAUAUUCAAAGAAUCACAAUGGACAUGGAGUUAGAGACAUCACUUUCUAUCAGCAGAACUCUAUGUCGGGUUGUAGAAGAAGCGUUUGGUCCCCAUGGUGGAAAGUCUAUGAUAACCUCUGCGACUGGCAAAGUCCUCGUGACAACAAACGGAGGAACAAUUCUGAAGGCUCUAAACCUAAGUCAUCCUGUGGCUAAACUGAUAGUUACAUCGGCCAUCCGUCAUUCGGAUGUGAAUGGCUGUGGCAGUAAAACUUUUGUUCUAUAUGUGACAGGUGCUUUGGAAACAGUUCAUAAUAUAACCAACAAACAUUGUCACUCACAAAACAAUAGUUUUGUCAGAAAGGCGUUUAUUUUGAGGCUGUCUGAGAAUUUGAAAAGGUUAACAUACAGGCAUAUUGCCACAGAACUAGAAAAGUAUUUAAUAAGUUCAAAAAUAAUAGAACGUCUCAGCAGCUCUAGGUUGCGAGAGGUUGCCACCAAUCUGAUCCAUACACAGUUAUCUCCCUUGUUCUUCCCAGGCGUUGCAGAGCACCUCACAAAGUUGAUGACUGAAUUUUUAAACCAAGGUGGCAGUGGUCCAACUGACUUCAUUAGGAAUGCAAGACUAGUUGCUGAGAAUUUUCAUGAGUUGUGUAUAAAGGUUGACUGCCAGAGUUACAUGGAAUCGGUGUGCUCAGAGGGAAUUUUGAUAAGAAGAGAAUUCACAGUUCAACCCCCUGCUGAAAGCCAUGGGUCUGUUAGACUUCUCAUUUUAAAGUGUUCGCUGGAUGACCAUAACAGGGGACAUUCAGAUUCUCACAGGAUUCGAAUAAACCAUGUAGAUGUGCUGCACGAUUCACUUGACCAAAAGCAGCGUCAAGCGGACAAUUUCUUAGCAUUUUGUCUAAAACAUAAAAUUGGUUUAAUUUUGAGUACGGAAAAGUUGCUUCUGUCUGUCGUGCACAAAUGCAGGUUGAGUAACAUUGCUCUUGUGGAGUAUGUUCCAGAUUCUGAUGCAGAUAAACUGGCACGGUUGUGUCAUAUACAGCCGGUACACAGACUGACAGAGCUUUGCAGUGAUGACUUUUGUGAAGUGUCUUCAUUGAAAAGUGCAGUCUUUGGAGGAAGACAUUUUGUUGAAAUCCGUGUUGGUAAUGCCAUGUCAAGCGUGUUGGCAAAGCAGCUUGUGCUCUGUGGACCAACUGAAGGACUUUGCGAUCAGGUGUCUCAGGCUCUACACAAAGCGUCAAAAGUCUUAACGUGGGUGCAGAAUACUGGGUGCCAGUUUCGUGAGGAUAAAAAUUCAGAAGUGGCAGUGGAACACGACACAACAAGCAAGUGCAAUGAGGAUAAUAUUAACAGUGAAAACUAUGCCUUUGGGAAUACAGCAGACAUGAAUACUGCCUACCCACACCAAAAUCUAGACUGGUUAUUAAUUCAAGGUGGAGGAACUUUUGAAAUGUUUGUGGAGACAUUUCUCAACAAGAUUUGUGUCAAUGACGAUACGCAUAAGCUAGCCUGUGAAGUUGUCAGAGGAGCAGUUUUUGAAGUGUUGCAUACGCUGUAUGGUAAUAUUCAACGAAGUUCAGACCAGUUGGCUAACAGAUGUUACCUUAAAUUGUACAAAGACUUUGGCCUCAAGGUAGACAAAGGUGAAGUUGUAGGCUUAGACAGUGGGACAGUUGAACUGGGAAGAUUGUCAGACAUUUUGGAGCCGCUUUCAUGUAAAAUUGCCUCUUUGGUAAAGGCACUGGAGUUAGUCUGCCAAAUUUUAAGGAUUGAUUCCAUUGUCAGUGUAAGAAAACUUCAAAAUGUGUCUCCUGGUAGUCCAUAAACAUAUUUAAAAUGAAAAGUUUUUGCCUUCUUAAUUUUUCAUUUGAUGAUCUCUGCACUUCCUUGAAUGACAACCUUCAAGUAUGAGAUUCUGAAGACAGAUAUGUGUACAAAUAAAUUUAUUUAUUAUGUAGGCCAUCAUUAAAAAAAUUCUUUGUUGUUAAAAAAAAUAGCUUGGGUCAGUAGAGAAUUCUUUGUAAUUAAGCAAAUGUUGAGAGAAAAAUCUUAAAAAAUAUAUCAAAAUCCCAAUAGAAUAUGUCACUUUUCUGGAGUGUGGAUUGGGUUUCGACAAUGAACAUAUUUUUAAUGAUGGCCUUAGCACCAUAUACAUUGAAAAAGUUUUCAAUGGUACAGUGAUGAUAAGUUUUGGUUGAAGGAAACCAAGAGUGCCCAAGAUAAAUCACCAACCUUUGGCAAAGUUACUGACAAACUUCCACACAAAAUUUCUUACAGCAAUACAGAGUGUUGGUGAAAGACAAGGGGCCUUCUACCAACAUCAGACUGUAUAUCAGGGUUGUUCACAGCUUAUCAUCACCAUGGCUCCAGAGAUAUUGGAAGCAUUGGCUCGAAUCAGAUUAUGUCUUCAGUUUGUGAUAAAUAUUCUCUUCUUUGUGUCUGUGAUAAUGUUUGUUCUGAAGUUAAAAGGUAGGACAUGUUUUAUUUGUUUUGCCUGUUUUACUUUUAGGGUGGGUCAUGAUCGCAUGGUAAAGAUGCUGCCUCACAAGGUGUUGGACAAGGAAUCUCAGAGAUUUUCUCUAAGAUCACUUGUUAAAUCCAGGAAGUCUAAUUUCCUGCUUUAAGAUCUGACCUGUUGUAUGAAUGAAAUGCAUGUAUUCUUGUGUAAGAUAAAACUGAAAUCAAUCAGGUCAAGGUGUUGACGUUAUUAUAAUUCUCUCUCAAAGAUGUUCAAACUUCAAAUCUACCUGAUGUUACAUUCAUCAAUAGCUUGUAAAGAUCAGCAGAAAACAGAAAGUAUAUCCUUCACGUAAGCAAAAUAGUUUUUGUAUUUUCCUUUUUCGGUUGUGUGACAAAAAACAAGAAUUAAAAGACUACAUCUGCAGUUCC